CGACAAGCAAUCACGCACCAUUUACUACUUGUACAACAUACAUUGGGGCGGCCAUAUCUUCACAAUGAAGGGAUCAUGGCUUCCCAUAAGUCUGAGGGAGACUUUACAAUGCGCAUACUCUCCCAGACCCCUCACAUCCUGCAGACAACAAGCUCUCAACAUCCGACCUAGACAAUUCACCACCGCUUCGCGAAAGCAAGCCAUUGCCGCUCCAGAAAUCAAUUUUAGGGACAGAAGGGAUCGGGAUCCAGGAAGAGGGGGCUGGGAACGGGAAAGAGAAAUAGGUUAUCAGGGUGGAGGGGAAGAGCAAUCUGCAUUCGUGGCUCGUCUUUUGCCAGUAUCUCCAUCAUAUUUCACGGCGCAACCCCUCUUCACGGACGACUUUUUGGUUUUACAGAAUCUUAUGACGAAACACUCGGGACUGCCUUGUGUAAAGCCAGGAGAGCAUCCUAGAGUGGCAUGGCGAUCGCUUUCCGAAUACCGAGAUCGAGUUGGCGAGACUGUCAAGGCCGCGAAAUACCAUAAAAUCGUCGAGAUUCUCGUUCGUCUCAAUAAGAUACAUCCAUCCGUCCGACCUGAGGAGGUACAGACAGCCCUCGACCAAUAUAAACGAAACAUCGAUCCAUUCAAGAACGAACAGAAGACUGCGCAGGUAGACAGCUUGGGACGAACACUGGGAGCUGGUCGGAGAAAGUCUGCUACGGCAAGAGCAUGGCUCGUGGAAGGCACGGGAGAAGUUUUGGUUAAUGGUAAAUCGUUGGCGGAUGCAUUUGGGCGUGUGCAUGAUAGAGAAAGUGUUAUCUGGGCCUUGAAGGCAACGAAUCGAAUCGACAAGUACAAUGUAUGGGCAUUGUCGAUGGGUGGUGGAACAACAGGUCAGGCAGAAGCCUUGACACUGGCAGUCGGAAAGGCAUUGAUGGCACAUGAACCUGCAUUAAAGCCUGCGUUACGGAGAGGUGAGAUCAACUGUUCUAAUGAAAUCCUGCUAUGAAAUUGCUGACAUGUAAAUAGCGGGAUGCUUGACCCGUGAUCCCAAAAGAGUUGAGAGAAAGAAGCCCGGUCAUGUCAAGGCAAGAAAAAUGCCCGCAUGGGUCAAGAGAUAGAUUUUCUGUGUAUUAUAUUGUACAAAGGGCUGUCCUGUAUUUGGAGAAUUGGCAAAAUAUAGCCACCUACAUUUCCAUUCAAUGCACAAACAGAACCCCG